AUGAGCUCGCCGUCGUCGUCGGCAGAAGAAGCCCCUGAUCUGCUGUGCCAGCUCGACAACGUCCAGGGUAUGGUCGAUGCCCUCACCACCGUCCGAUGGAAACGCCAGCAGGAUGCGGUCAUGGAAUUAUCAGAACACGGCGUCGUUUUAAUUGUCGAGGAAACCGGUUGUCUUCAGGCCAAAGUUUAUCUCCAGCGUGAGCUUUUUACUCGUUAUGAAUACAACGGGCAAGGUCGGCCCAGGUUUGGAGUCAGUUUGGGGCUCUUUGUGGAUUGUUUGAACACAUUUUCAGUUCCUGGACAAUCAAGCAUUCUAGAAAUUCGAUAUCCGGGGCCCGACAUGCAGCUUCUUCUCAAGUCUGUUGAUUCGUUGGAUGCUUGCAUUUAUGCAGAGAUCAGGACAAGAAUCCCAGAUACAGUUUCUUGGGACUACAAUUUUGAACCUGCAGGGAGCACUCCACUCACUUUCACUGUUAAGUCUGCAGCGUUGAAGGAAGCAAUUGAUGAUCUUGAGUGGCCUGGAUCAAGCAUCCAGAUCAAUCUACAACCAGUUCCUCCUAUCGUUACCUUCAGAGGUGAAGGCCAUGGGGAUUUGCAGAUAGACUUGAUGUAUUAUGUGAAUACUGAUCUUUUGGUUGCAUUUCACUGUGAUCGUCAAGUAUCUUACAAGUACAAAUACAAGUUCCUUCGAGCUACAACUUCUAACAUUCCAGGCAGCGUAAUUAAAGAUAAUAGAGGAAGCAAGUUGACUAUUGGGAGAGGUGGAUUGCUGAAAGUUCAACACCUUGUUUCAGUGGCAAGGCCGUCCACUUCACACCCACGUAUCGAUUCUGCCGGAUAUCAGCAACCUAGUCGAAUUGCUUAUAUUGAAUUCUUUGUGAAACCGGAGGAAGAUGAAGACGCUGCAAACGAUCGGUAG